AUGGAGCAGUAUGCAAAAUCGAUGGAGCUCUACAAUCAUUAUUACCAUCCAAAUCUUGCCGCCAAUGAGGUUCUAGCCUAUGUGAAGAUACUGAAUGUCUUCCAAAAGAAGAAUUUGAAUCAAACUAGAGAAUUCCCCACCACAGGACUCCCGCUGGAAGAGUGGUUGGCUCUAUCCACAGAUCAUACUUCUUUAGGAAACCUAAAAUCUGGCGAGAAUCGGCAAUUUCUUCGACGACAACUGGAACAAUGUAUCCCAGCGUCCCAACACAACUAUUCAAGAGCCAUUUCACUUCUGGGAAAGCAUGGUAUCUACAUCCAUCAAAGCAGGCACUGCAAGAGCCGUUUUUGA